UCAGGCGCUCCCAGAAUGCCAGAAGGACGUGUGUGUGCGUUCACAGAGAAGGAAGUCCAGCAAUGGUACAAAGGCUUUAUCAAGGACUGCCCCAGUGGACAGUUAGAUGCAGCCGGAUUUCAGAAAAUCUACAAGCAAUUUUUCCCUUUCGGCGACCCAACCAAGUUUGCAACAUUUGUCUUCAAUGUCUUUGACGAAAACAAAGACGGAAGAAUCGAGUUUUCUGAAUUUAUCCAGGCUCUUUCAGUUACCUCCCGAGGAACUCUGGAUGAGAAACUGCGGUGGGCCUUUAAACUGUAUGACCUGGAUAACGAUGGGUACAUCACAAGAAAUGAGAUGCUGGACAUUGUAGAUGCUAUUUACCAGAUGGUGGGCAACACAGUGGAGCUUCCUGAAGAAGAGAACACGCCGGAGAAGAGGGUGGACCGGAUUUUUGCAAUGAUGGACAAAAACGCUGAUGGGAAAUUAACGUUGCAGGAGUUCCAGGAAGGCUCUAAAGCUGAUCCUUCCAUCGUUCAGGCACUUUCUCUUUAUGACGGACUGGUAUAGUCGCACGUCUGAUGCUUCGGCCCAUUGGAAAGACCUUCUUCCAGUGACAUCCGGCUGCCUCCCCCAACAAGACCCUCGCCUGACGUUACUCUUAUGUUACUCGCCAGCAAAGGAUUCAUUUGGAGUCUGACAUCAGCCUCAAAUCCUUUCUGCUUGGAAUCGUCUCCAUUUACCAAUCGACUGCAUUUAUUUUUAUUUUUU